AUGCGUCUCUCCUUCGCUACUUCUGUCUUGAGCCUUGUGCUCUUGUUGUGUGUAUGGUCAUGCCCCGCGGUAUCGUUCGUAACAUCUACUAAGACGAAUGCGUUAUCACCUACGGUGCCACUAUCUCCCAAUGUGGCGCUCCCUCAGCGUGCUGGGCGUACGCCUGGCUUUGUGAGCCCUACGCCUACUCGCGGUGCCACUCCUACUCUCGCUUCGUCUGUUUCCACUAUAUGUGGCAGCAAUGCUGCAGCGUCCUCGUGCGGAAGGCUUGAUAUUCAAGCUUAUGCUACUACUGUGACAGCACAGCCCCGCAACUCUUCCACUCUAGGAAGUUAUGACUCGUCCGCUAAUUCUACUUCUUCACUGCGCGGCCCCUCCACACUAAAUUCACACCAAACAGACUCGCCGGCAGGUACCUGGAGAACUGCAGAAGAUAUCUCUUCUCUUACAAGCAGCACAGCCGUACCAGUGUAUGACAUCGAAAAGAUUCGGCAGAUUCUCCCCCACCGUUUUCCGUUCUUGCUGUUAGACAAAGUGCUUUCUUUCGAAGCAGGCAAGCGCGCCGUAGGCGUGAAACAAGUCACGGCAAACGAGGACCAAUUCAAUGGGCACUUUCCUAGCAGAUCAAUCCUUCCGGGAGUGCUGCAGGUUGAGGCUUUGGCACAACUUGCAGGGAUCGUCGCGCUGCAGCCUCCUAUCAGCGACGGCAAAGGAGACUUCUUUUUCGCAGGUGUUAACGGCGUCAGGUGGAAAAAACCCGUUGUCCCUGGAGACACGCUGGUUAUGGAAGUAGAGUUAACUGCGUGGAAAGAGAAGCUCCGUAUUGUUAAAGCAAAGGGGAAGGCCUACGUGGAUGGCAAGCCCGCGAUAGAAGUAGAAGAAAUGAUGUUCGCGCUAGUGCGGCCACGUGUCGAUGGGGAUUUAAGACAUCCAAUUCGUGAUCAACCUCGAUACAGCAGUAACCGCUGCGAGUGGCGCUGA